UGAGAAUUUUAUUGAUGAAAAGAUAAAAGAGCGCAUGUCUGUGGGCAGUGAAGUUCCUUUCUAUGUGGCUAAUUUGGACAAUGUCUAUAAGCAGUCUGUAAAAUGGCAGACACAUCUACCCAGAGUGAAGCCUUUCUAUGCAAUGAAGUGCAACAACACACCAGCAGUGAUCAGGACACUCAGUGCACUGGGAAUAGGGUUUGACUGUGCCAGCAAAGGGGAGAUUGAGAUACUCUUGUCUAUGGGGGUGACCCCAGACAGAAUCAUUUAUGCAAAUGUAACCAAACCCCCGUCCCACAUCAGCUACGCCUGUGCAUCUGGAGUGGACAUGAUGACUUUUGACUGUGAGGAGGAGCUCCUCAAGAUCUCCACCUUUCACCCCAAAGCAAAACUGGUGCUCCGUAUUUCAGUGGAUGACACCAAGGCUCUUGUGAAACUCGGCUCAAAUUUUGGAGUCAAACUUCAUGCUGUUGUUGACCUGCUGAAAGAAGCUCAAAAGCUGCAAUUAAAUGUCAUUGGAGUUAGUUUCCAUGUUGGAAGUUUUUGCAGUGACAGUGAAGCGUACAGGACGGCCAUUGAAGAUGCUCGACUGGUCUUUGAUCAAGCCAAGCGCCUUGGUUUUCACAUGACACUUCUAGACAUUGGUGGUGGAUUCACUGGUGAAGAAGAAUUUCCAGAGAGGGCACUAAUAAUCAAUGAAACUCUGGAUGAACUGUUCCCUGUGGAAAGUGGGGUGCAGAUUAUUUCUGAGCCGGGACGCUUCUUUGUGCACAGUGCUUUUACACUGGCCGUUAAUGUGAUCUCCAAAAAGUGUGAAGCACCAGGCAGUGCAGAUAAAACAAGAGAAAUGAUAUACUUUCUGUCUGAUGGAAUCCAUGGCUCCUUUGGAAAUGUACUAUUUUAUGCUGAUAUAUAAAGACAUUUUUUCGUUUGUUCCUCACCGG